UUCACCGGGGGGAAACGCCUUCUCGCCUCGGACCCGUUCUGUUUUAAUUAGCCUCCCGGUGCCGCGGGUAAUUACGGUAACGAGCCGCAAAUGAACCGUAAUGAACCGCAAAAUUCCCUCAGAAAGCCUCGCGCGAGACGCGGUGCGUGAUUAAUAACCGUCACUCAGGCUUCGGCGGGGCGCGCGAGGAGUUGACACGCAUUACCCUCUGCACGGCGCGAGAGCCCGUAUGUCAGCCCCCUCGCGCCUCCCGCGCUUCCACAAUCAUUUCCCGCCAAUGAUCAGGAGGUGUCCGCAACGGCGCUUCCUCACCUCCUCGCACCCCCGUCAGCCACACGCAGCGCGCGACACACACACACAUACACGCACACACACACACAUACACACACACACCGGGAGGAGCCGUCUACCCUUCCGUCACCCAUACCCGCCCCUGAGGACGGUGCGUCGUUGGCGGCGUCAAUAUUAUUUAUUAUUCCCGUUAGUCUCGGUAUUUAGCGCCGCAGCUGCUCGCGGUGAUCGUUAAAACGGACGCGUCUCGUUGUUUUUGGGCGCGUGUUGUUCUUGUAACGGGGAUUAUUGAGGCGGUAUCAGCGUGCGGUGAUGCUCUCCGUUAAAGGAUCGUGAAACGUCGCGAGUCUAAAGAACCUCCACAGCGGAUGGUUGGUUGUCGGCGUAGGUUUGUUUUGCUCUGAUGGCGAACAUGAGCAGUAGUGUGUGCAUGGAGACCCCACACGCUCAUGGCCACACCCACGGCCACACCCACAACUACAACCACACCCCCGGGCGAGACUUUCCUCUGCAGUUCGACUCGUGCGUGAACCCCGUGUUAGACUACAGUGCACAAAUGGAGCGGUAUCGUUCCUUUGCUACCUUCUAUAAGAACAGCACGGCCGCCGCAGCUGCCGCCGCCGCCCCGUUUCCCCAGACUGCCAAAAUCGCCCGCAUAGCCACACCCCUCUUCCCCUCCGCCCGGCUCUCAGCCAUGCCACCGUGGCCCUGCGACAACGCCAUGCUGUGGGGGCGAAAGCCUGCCGCGGUAAACGGACCUCACCCACAUCGGACUGGCAUGUCGCGGGCGGAGUCGGUGAACGUGCACAUGUCCGGCAAACACAUUCCACAAGACUCUGCCCUCCAAAUGAGUGCCGACAACUUUCUUUCCCCGUUGGCUGCGGAGCAGUGUCGCGGUCUGCCCGUAACGGGGGCCGAGUGCAUGAACCGGCUCAAGUGCCCGUCGUCCGUUCCGCCCUCUGGUGCCGGAGAGGCAGAUCGAGGUGGGACCUUUGGAGGGAUGCCACCGCUGGGGGGUCUGUCGCUACCGCCAGGGGUCAUCGUCAUGACAACGCUUCACUCCGGUGCAGGGUCAUCAGGGGUCACGAUGUCAGACAGCGCGUUUCAGAUCGCCAACGUGGCGGCAGACUGCCAACAGAGCGGCUCGUCCUGCUCCGGCUCUCCCGCCGCUCUUAAUGGAAACGCUAACGGCAGUUGCAGCAGCGGGAGCGGCAGCGGAGCGGCCAAGCGCAAACGCAAACGAUGUGGAGUGUGCGCCCCCUGCAGGAGGCUCAUUAACUGCGGCGUGUGCAGUUCCUGUCGAAACAGAAAGACGGGUCAUCAGAUCUGCAAGUUCAGGAAAUGUGAGGAACUCAAGAAGAAACCGGGGAGCACGCUAGAGAGGGCACCGUCAGCGGGAGCAGCCGACACCUUCCGCUGGUUCUUCUGAAAAACUCAUCACAGACCACAUGAUAAUAUCCAAAACCGGACUCAAAACUGCAGGUCAUAACCCUACUACGAUCCUCCCCGAGAUCUGAUGAUAGCAUUAUCAGGGACUCUUAUCUGCCCUGGCUUUCUACCCCUUCCCCUCAGGACUCACUGUGGCACAGAGGUCAUUCAGCACCGGGGUAUCAGGUGUCAUUUACCCCGCCAGACAGACGUCGAGUCUCUGACUCUCAGAUUGACUUUAACUCAACCCAACAACAACACUGACAAACGUAGAGAAACAGAGACCCAAUUUCAGUCGUAUCAGGACUUUGUCCGUGUCUAAAGGAAGAGUUCACCCAAAAUAUCACUCUCAUGUCUGUCACUCCACAUCAUCUGAAACACAACUAUCCGUAUCAUUUCUAUAUAAAGAUGAAUGAGGAAUGAUUUGCCAAAUCAUUUACACUCAAAAUGGACAAAAAGCCCCAACACACAUUAGUCCAAAUGACUCGUGCGCUAUAUUCAAAGUCUUGUGAAGCCAUAUGAGAGCUUUGUGUGAAGAACUGACCAAAAAAUUGAGGUCCCUCCAAAAUAGCCCAUCAGUUAAUAUUAUUGCUCGAUGUCAGUGAAUGAUUUCGGAGUUUAAGGGGACAUAUCAUUAAAAUCUGACUUUUCCAAGUGCUAUAAUUGGGUCUCCUAGACAAUGUGAAAAAGAUCAAUAACUUACUUUUGGUAAACCAUUCUCUGCAAGCAUGUGAAAAAAAUGGCUCCCCUUGUGAUGUCAGAAGGGGAUCUUAUUAUAAUAAUAGCGCCCCUUAAUCUGCACUAUCCAACCACAGCACCGACAUUUAGUGCAGAGAGAAAGAGAGAGAGAGAGAUUUGGGUGUUUCAGCUCAUUUGCAUUUUAAAGGACACACCCAAAAACGGCAAAUUUUUGCUCACACUUAUAAAGUGUUAAUUUGAACAUGUUAUAAUAAAUUAUCUGUGGGGUAUUUUGAGCUAAAACUUCACAUAUGUACUCUGGAGACACCAAAGAUUUAUUUUACAUCUUAAAAAAUUAAAAUGUCUCCUUUAACGCAGACACGAAAGAUUUGCAAAGCGAAACCUAAAUUUUGAUUUGUUCCUCACACAAAGCUUGGAAUAUGACUUGAAUAUUGUGUAAGAGUAAUAGGGAUGUUUUUAUCACUGUGUUUUAAGUGAUUCUCAUUUUUGGGUGAACUGUCCCUUUAAACCACCUUUCUGUUGCAUGGGUAGAAACGUGUUUCGUUUUUAACUAAAGAUGUAAAGAAAAUAACUUUGUUUAUUGCUGUUGUGACACCUCACUGUCUUGAUGAAUAAGAGAUUUGUUUAGGAUGGCUCGUCGAUUAAAUGUGAUUCUUUUUGA